AUGCGCAUCUCGACUGUUGUUCUUGUAUUCAUUUCAAUGAUGCUGGGUAUCAUUGGAGUCAAUGCACACCCCGCAUUAGCAGUUCGUGGAUCUAAUGAGAUUAACGCUUCGGGCAUGCCACCGCGACGUGUCGAGCCGUCAAUGACUGUAGCUGCAAAUGGCCUACCCCCGGCUUGA